CUCCAGUCAUCUGCCCAGUGCCGUCAAGAACUCCGGUGAGUACUUCAGGUGCUUGUCGGUCACUUUAAUCAGUCCGCGCUUCGUGUUUCUGAUCGGAAACGCUAUAGUCAUCACUCUGUUCGCCAAAUCGGGACAGUUCUCCGCUAAAGAUCCGAGCAAGAAGAAUUCGGUUGCCGAUCUUUACGAGGAUUUCAUAAAAAACAGCGAGAAGAAUCAAAAAACUCGACACGCUGAGAUCGAGUAUCGAACGAAGCAGAUCGAUGGCGAUGGCGAUGCCUCCGUCGCGGCAAAAAAAGUCGUUAAUCCUGAAGAAAUCAAGCUUUAUCGGAGGAGUCAAUCGGAGAAAAUCGCCGUCGCGCAGCAGGAGAAUCCGCAGCGUGAACUCCGCCGAUCGGAGACGGAGAAAUGCAAGAAACUCGUCCGAUUCAGCGAGGGAGCGGCGAAAAGCUCGUAUCCGGAAGACAGGAUGAGCAACGAGGAGUUCCGGCAGACGGUGGAGGCGUUCAUCGCGCGGCAGCAGAGGUUGCGAAGGGAGGAAGAACACUGUGUAUUUUAGAAAUUAGCCAUGUAAAUCAAGUUUUUCACAUCUCGUAAAUCCUGCAACUGAAUAGGGUUAUGUAAAUCCUGCAACUGAAUAGGGUUAUGGGUUGAAUUUUACUUCAAAAAAGAGAAGAACAACAACAAAAUGGUAACUUCUACAGAGUUGUAACUUGUAACCAUUUCUGUAUAUUUUUCUUUUUCUUAUAUACCUUUUUCUCCAUUUUAAUUUUCGUA